AUGGUUGCGGGCUUACAAUAUUUACCCGCAACGGGUGCUAGUACGGUUAACGAAAAAGUUGCUUUUUUUGUUAAUUUAAGCUUUUAUUAUAACGUUAAAAGCGACGUAUCGAAAGCGGGGGUGUUAAAAUCGUUAAUAAGCGUAAAUUUAACGGCGGGCAAAAGAAAAACGUUAUUUUUAACAAAGCGUUUUGGAAAGCUUAUCGUUAAUAAAAGUAAAAGGUUCGGCAUUUGCACGGCCUUUUUAACUUCGAUUUCGAUUUUAACCCCGACUUUAACUAGCGUUUGCAAAGUUAUUGGCAAAAAAGCCGCUAGCAAAAGGGAUAAAGCGGAAAAUAAUAACGCCAACGUUCCGAAAAAGGAGGGGGAAUUUGUUAUACAAAGCGCUUGUAUCGCGCUGGAAGCAAAUGGUGUAACUUUGUUUUUAAACUUUUGCGUUAAAUUAUUUGCGUUAACAGCGAAAGCACUUUUUUUAAAUAAAAUUACCGUUUACGGACCAACGAAAAUUGCGCAUCCAUUUAAAUUUAUGGUCGUUAACGCAUUAUUAUUAAAGGUUAUUUGUAAAAAAAAGCUCGGGAUUUUUUAA